UCGACGUGCCGUACGUGCCUCCGCGGCAGUCCGGGGGCUGCGGGCCGCACCGCCGCCCUCUCGGAGGCGGGCCGGGCAGGCGGCGGCGGCCAUGUUUGUGGCGCGCAGCAUCGCGGCGGACCACAAGGACCUCAUCCACGAUGUGUCUUUCGAUUUCCACGGGCGCCGGAUGGCCACCUGCUCCAGCGAUCAGAGCGUCAAGGUGUGGGAUAAGAGUGAGAGCGGAGACUGGCACUGUACAGCUAGUUGGAAGACACAUAGUGGAUCUGUAUGGCGUGUGACGUGGGCUCAUCCUGAAUUUGGACAAGUUUUGGCUUCUUGUUCUUUUGACCGAACAGCAGCUGUAUGGGAAGAAAUAGUCGGAGAAUCAAACGAUAAACUCCGAGGACAGAGUCACUGGGUGAAGAGGACAACUCUAGUGGACAGCAGAACCUCUGUUACUGAUGUGAAAUUUGCUCCCAAACAUAUGGGCCUGAUGUUAGCUACCUGCUCAGCAGACGGCAUAGUGAGAAUAUACGAGGCUCCAGAUGUGAUGAAUCUCAGCCAGUGGUCGCUACAGCAUGAGAUCUCGUGCAAGCUGUGCUGCAGCUGUAUCUCCUGGAACCCUUCCAGCUCUCGUGCUCAUCCCCCCAUGAUCGCUGUGGGAAGUGAUGACAGCAGUCCAAAUUCAAUGGCCAAGGUUCAGAUUUUUGAAUACAAUGAAAAUACCAGGAAAUAUGCAAAAGCUGAGACUCUUAUGACAGUCAUGGAUCCUGUCCAUGAUACUGCGUUUGCUCCAAAUUUGGGAAGAUCUUUCCACAUCCUGGCAAUAGCAACCAAAGAUGUAAGAAUUUUCACAUUAAAACCAGUGAGGAAAGAACUUACUUCUUCUGGUGGUCCAACAAAAUUUGAAAUCCAUAUUGUGGCUCAGUUUGAUAAUCAUAAUUCUCAGGUCUGGAGGGUGAGUUGGAACAUAACUGGAACAGUCCUAGCGUCUUCAGGAGAUGACGGCUGUGUUAGGUUGUGGAAAGCUAAUUACAUGGACAACUGGAAGUGUACUGGUAUUUUGAAAGGUAAUGGGAGCCCAGUAAAUGGGAGUUCUCAGCUGGGAAACUCAAACCCUUCUCUGAGCUCCAAUAUUCCAAACCUUCAGAACUCAUUAAAUGGAACUUCCGCUGGCAGGUAUUUCUUUCCCCCUCUGGAUUCCCCACGGGCUGGAUCAAGAUGGUCCAGUUGUGCCCAGCUCCUUCCUCCUCCUGCUCCUCUGCUAGAGCACUCUUGCGAUGCUGACACUGCCAGCCUCCAGUAUCCUCACCCUCGCAGAGGGUGCCUCUCUCGGCCUCUUAAUCCCUUACCUGAGAAUGAAGGGGUGUAAAAUACUGACUUAAAGGCCUUAUCCAGAUGCUUGUAAAUGCUUUUAUUCUGGGCUGCUUUUUGGUUUCUUCAUUUUCUUUUAGAAGAUCCUUCUUAUUUAGGGCAUGUCUUGCAUGUAUCACAACUCAAGUGUUUGAAACCAAACCUGUUUGUACUUCUGCACCAGGAAACCUUGGCUUCACUAGUUGGUUAUGAUGAGAUGAGCUUCAAAAAAGCAAUAUUAACUGUGAAAAAUUCCCAGUAUCUGAUUCAAAGUGCCUGUCUUGUAAAUUCUGUGUGGAAUUGUUAUCAUAGAGUUCAGUUUUGUCUGUUGAUAGGUAGUUUCAUAGGAAAGCAUAUCAUUGUGAACUUCACUCUGUAUUUCAGACAUUAAGAAAUGUUUUUAAUUUUAUAGGCUGAUGUUACAGAUGACUGUAAAAUAAAUCAUUCCUGUGUAUAAAGCAGCAAAUCAUAAGGAUAUUUUUGUCUUUUUUUUUUUUUUAAAGGAAAAAGCCUUUCACUACUUGGAAUUACUACUUAGAGAUUUUGUAAUUAUUCUCCAAGUAGGUUAUUUAAUAAAAAUAUUUUAAAAGA